UUCAGUGGCCCGCUAGUCGUCGUGACGAACGCUCUACUCGAGCUGUCGAGACCUCGCAACGCAUCGACUCCGAACGCACUUACGAUAUUCAAUUCCCUCUGAAUAAUAACACACCAUAAUAAUUUUUUAUUUAUAUCAUUCUAUAAAAAAUUAUAAUUUGUUGCGGAAGCAUCAAAUUUCAUAUUAAACACGUGUUAAUGUAUCGUUAGCGCUUACAAAACGCUAUAUCGCCCGAUCCACGUUUUUCUCUUCUAGUGAAUAUAUUAGCGGCCGGCGCGUCGCGUGAAAUUUCACUUUUUACCGACAAGGACUGUCCCAUCAUGUCUGCGAGUCUAGCAUGCGACACAAAAUGGAUUAUUGAAUCAAGUCCGUUAUAAUGAUAUUGUACCUAUAUCGAGGUCAAAUCAUUAACAAGUAUUGAACUUUAGUGAUAUACACAAAAUACUUGCAUCACGAGGACUUGUAAGUCGGUAGCAUGAGAAAUCCCUAGACCAUUAAGGAUAAGAGGCAGCAUUGGUGCAAAACAUGCGUGCUAGUGACUGCCGGGUGUUUAGAAAAAUGGAUGUGCGGUGUUCGAUAUUCAAACUGCUGUUGUUUCAAAUUGUGAUUAUAAGAUGUGGAGCAAAACACAUACGCACAGCGAGGGUAGAGUUGGCUGGUGACGUGGAGAGGGAAGUCCAGGAUAGCAUAAGGAACCUUAUACACACCGGUAUCUAUUCACACCAACACCUGGAUCAUUCUCAAGUGCAAGUGGUGACCCCGGUGAAGGUUUCAUCAGAGGGCGAACUUAUCUCUCAUGAAGUUGAACAUGUACACGGGCAUGGUCACGCGCGCUCACGCCGUGACCUUCAUGGCAUAGAACAUCAUCUGCCCCAUUCUCUUCACUACAACCUCACUGUGGAUGGACGGAAUCUUAGGCUGGACCUAAGGCCGUCAGUAACGUUCAUCACUCCAGCGUUGGUUGUAGAGCGGCACAGGGUUAACUCGAGAACUCGGGCGAGGCCUCUGGAGGCAGCUACUGCGUGCCACUACACCGGCUCCGUGAGAGGACAGCCCGGCUCGAAUGUCGCACUAUCAGCCUGCGAUGGACUUGCAGGCAUGUUGCGGACGAAAUAUGGAGAAUAUUGGAUUGAGCCAUCAAAUCAACUAACGACCGACAGUUCGUCUGGGCGACCACAUGUUAUAUUUAAGAGAUCUGCUGUCGAUAAAGUUGAGGCAUUCCAUAGAAGAAAGAGGGAAGUCGAUAGGAGAAUGACUUCUUCGUCUAGAAAUAACAAUGAAAAGAAUUAUAAAGAAAAAAAUUCAAAACGAAACACGAGAAGAAAGGAUAAGGAGAACAUGGAUCAGCGUAGACGAGCGUAUAUAGAAGAGAGACGGAGGAGAUUAGAGGCAAUGAGACGUGAUCCAGCAGCAUAUAGAAGAAAUAAAAAGAAUCUAAGAAUGGAGCAUAGAAGACCGCUGUCGGAAUCAGCGUCUUCAUCCGUAUCGAGGAGCACAUCCAUGGAAAAUAGUCAUUCCUUGGAACAAAAUUUAACAACGAGCAGGUCGAGUAUUGAACAGCGACCACGAAGGAUAAGAACGAGACGAAAGAGACGGAGACGUUCAAAGAACUGUGCAACAAAACAACCACCGUAUCAAUGGAAGUAUAGAAAUUUUAAAGACCUUCAUUCAAAGGAAGAACGUAGCAAAUCAAAAUAUUACAAGAGAACCAAUAAAACUCAACGCAAUAAUGUAAACAGACGGUAUCUAGAAGCAUCAAAACGAUCGACGCGAUCCGUUAGCAAGCCGCGUCACGUUGAAGUGUUACUUGUCGCCGAUAAGUCUAUGACUGAUUUCCACAAUCAAGGCAACUUGGAAACUUAUCUACUGACAAUCAUGAACAUGGUAUCUUCCCUGUAUAUGGAUCCAUCAAUCGGGAACUACAUCAAAGUGGUGGUAGUCAAAAUUAUUUUGGUCGAGGAAAUGCACGCGGCACCUGAGUUAUCAGUGUCCACUAACGCGGACUCAACCCUCGCGUCCUUCUGUAGGUGGCAGCACCAGCUGAACCCGGACGACGACCACGAUCCACACCACCAUGACGUGGCCAUACUCAUCACACGACGGGAUAUAUGCAGUCAGCAGGACACACCUUGUAGUACUUUGGGCGUGGCGCACGUGGCGGGCAUGUGCAAGCCGGACCGCAGCUGUUCCGUCAACGAGGACAAUGGCAUCAUGCUGGCGCACACCAUCACGCACGAGCUGGGACACAAUUUCGGCCUGUACCAUGACACCGAGAAAAUUGGUUGUCACAGACGCGAUGGGGCUACUCUUCAUAUUAUGACACCGAUCUUUGAACCAGAUACGGUACAAGUCGCCUGGUCACGAUGCAGUAAACGGGAUGUCACCAACUUUUUAGAUGCCGGUUUAGGGGAUUGCUUGAGCGACAGACCAUCUCAGGAAGAACCGUACGUCUACCCUGAACUACCCGCAGGAGUAACAUUUGAUGCGGCUUAUCAAUGUCACUUACAAUUCGGUGAGGAAGCCGUAGUGUGUUCCAAGCUGACGGAGCUUUGUGAGCAUCUGUGGUGUCUCGUCAACAACACGUGCAAAUCGAUGUUAAGACCGGCCGCGCCGGGGACAACUUGUGGAGAGAAUAUGUGGUGUCAGAAUCAGACGUGCGUCCCGAAGGCCCCGUCCCCCGUACCACGUGACGGUGGUUGGGGCGCUUGGAGCGAGUGGAGCGAAUGUUCCCGCACUUGUGGUGCGGGGGUGUCCACUCAACAUCGAGAGUGCAACAAUCCUGAACCACUCAACAAUGGAAACUACUGCAUCGGGGAUAGGAGCCGGUACAAAGUUUGCAACACCGAUCCGUGCCCUAUCAAUGAGCCGACGUUCAGGGAAGUUCAGUGCUCCAAGUUUAAUAACAUGACAUACAAGAACGAAACCAUCUCCGAAUGGAUACCAUACAUUGAUCAAGAUAAACCGUGCGAUUUACAAUGCGUGCCUCGCAAUCGGAAUGAUAUAGAGAUGAUCGGCAGCUUCGUAACAGACGGAACACCGUGCAGACAGGGUCUCGGAGUUCGGGACAUGUGUAUAGCUGGCGUGUGCUACAAAGUGGGUUGUGACUGGAUCGUGGACUCUGAUGCUGAAGAGGACGCGUGCGGUGAGUGCGGAGGAGACGGCUCCGCGUGUAGGACAGUACAGGGGAUAUAUAACAAGGAUACUACUAGACAGUCUGGUUAUAGCGAGGUUGCGGUAAUACCAGCUGGUUCUAGAAAUGUGAAGAUCCAAGAAAAAGUCAGCCCUGGAAACUAUAUUUCAAUCGGAAGCGCUAAAUCUAGAAAGAUAUAUCUCACUGGAGCGCGAAAUGCAACAUUAACUGAGUACUUCGUAGCCGGAGCUCAGGCGAUCUAUGAAAGGGACCGUGAUUGGGAAAAAGUUAGGAUCAGUGGACCCCUUGCUGAGGACAUAAAGGUUUAUCAACGCAUCUUCCGCGGCAAGCAUCGCAAUCCUGGCGUGACGUAUCAGUAUACAGUGGACCAACCUAAAUCAUUGGUCCGCUAUCGUCUGUCAGACUGGAGCGCCUGUUCUGUAACCUGCGGCCUCGGGCGGAUGUACCGACACUACAUCUGCGUGGACCAGCACAACCGUCAAGUUGACCUAUCCAUGUGUUACCACAUGGAGCAACCUCGUCUUGGCGCGUUGGUGCAGCAGUGCCGGUCCGUCUCCUGUACACACUGGUGGGUCGGACCAUGGAAACCAUGCUCCAUUUGCCAUAUGCCGGGCGAGGAAGCUACCAAGAAACGUAAUGUCCACUGUGUGAACAAGACAUCCAACCAGGUAGUUGACGACUCAGAAUGUGAUAUGUCAACUAAGCCGAUAGGCGUUAUCAAAUGCGCAGACGUACCAGCUUGUUGAACAGAAAGAUGCUGGUUUGAAAGGGAAAAGUGUAUCUUGUAAUAUAAAUCUCAACAACUUUAACUUGAAAGAGACAAACGGGAAACGAUAAGUUUCACCUAACGACACAAAGUGCGAUUGUAUCGAUGCAAAUGAGAUGCAAAAUUCAUUGAAGCUGCAAAAAGAUAUUUACGUUGCGGAAUCAUUUAAAUGCACCAAACGUGCAAGGAUUUCUUUUGUUGUGUACGGUGAUUUGGAAGUUCGUAUUUGAAUCCGUUUUAUCGUGCGGCUAUAAAAAAACUAUCCGGGUUGAGGCAAGGCUUAAUAAUGUUAAGCAAUUUGAGACAGGCAUUAUCACUUACAUAACUCGAAUAGAAUCACUUGCGGGGACGUACAAACUCCAAAUCAUGGACGUAUGUGUCACCGCAAUUACCACUUACUGCCAUAUUAUUUAGGUUACGUUUAGUAUAACAUAGUCUUCGCUUAGUUUUAACUACUAAUACAUAAUUCUGUAACAGUAUUAAAGUGGUGUAUGUAUUUUCUUACACAAAACCGACGUGAACAGUUAGUAUAUACUAUAAAAUUUGGACCAAAAAUAUUUUAUAAAUCAAAUUCACGUUGCCAUAAUUGCGGUUACUGCCAAUAUGACACUUGUAUGAUAAGUAAUAUUUAAGUUUUUACAAAUAAUAAAAAUUCAUAUUUUUAUACAAAUCAAUUGCUUCAUUAACAUCAUAAAUACAUUUAUUAUAUAGUAUAGCUAGUCAUAGAAAAUAUAUUUUUAUAACAUCACUUCUCAAUCGCAGCGAAACAUCCACUCAUUUUUUUUUUUCAAUGGCAAUGAUUUAUAUGUAUAAAAAUAAUGAAUUCUUCAAAUGCCUAUUACUGGAAUACCGAUAUAUUUAUUAUUAACAUGUUGUUAGUGUCCUAUGUAUGUUCAAGUGAUUACGCAUAAUUUAAUAAUAGUAGGUACUUUAUUUAUCUUAUACCUAACUAUAUAUUUAGGUGUAAUCUUGUAAAUGAGUUAACUGAUGUUUCGGUUCUAAGACUCGUCAGUCAACGGUUUGUCGAACAAUUGAUACACAAUUUUAAUUCAAGUUUCUUUAUAAACUAACCCUUAGUUGUAUAAUCAUUUAUACACUUUUUUUUACAAUGUAAAGACAAUCACGCUGAUAUAAUUACAAUUGUGUAUUUAAUUAGAGAUGGCAAUAAAAACGUGCAUUGUU